AUGCCGCGUAUCGAGACUGAAGUCCGUCUGGACUUUAAAGAUGUGCUUAUUCGGCCCAAACGAUCGACACUUAAAAGCCGCUCUCAGGUGGACGUCCAGCGUGAGUUUCACUUCCGUAACUCAAAGCGUUCAUGGACCGGUGUGCCCGUAAUCGCUGCUAAUAUGGACACUGUCGGAACUUUUGAGAUGGCUGUAGCACUGGCUAAAUUUCAAUUUAUCACGUGCGUGCACAAGCAUUAUACGCCAUCAGAAUGGGCGACCUUUGCUACGACGUACCCGGACGUGCUUCCUACUGUUGCUGUGAGUGCUGGAUCAAGCGCUGCAGAUAUUGACAAGAUUUCGGUUAUUCUAAAAAAUCAUCAGGAUAUCCGCUUCAUUUGUCUCGAUGUGGCAAACGGGUACUCGGAAUUCUUUGUGCAGGCUGUUCGCAGUGUGCGCUCUGCUUUCCCUGACCACACGAUCAUUGCCGGAAAUGUGGUUACUGGGGAGAUGGUCGAGGAAUUGCUGCUGUCGGGAGCUGAUAUUGUCAAGGUGGGCAUUGGUCCGGGCUCCGUGUGCACCACCCGCAAACAGACGGGUGUAGGCUACCCGCAGCUGUCUGCAGUGCUGGAAUGCGCGGAUUCUGCUCACGGUCUUAAUGGUCACGUGAUCGCUGACGGUGGCUGUACGUGUCCGGGUGACGUAGCUAAGGCGUUUGGUGCUGGAGCAGACUUUGUCAUGCUUGGUGGCAUGCUCGCUGGCCACGACGAGAGCGGUGGCGAUAAAAUUGAGCUUGACGGCAAGGAAGUCAAAAAGUUUUACGGAAUGAGCUCAUCUGAGGCCAUGAAGAAGCACAGCGGCGGGGUGGCAGAGUAUCGUUCCUCGGAAGGCAAGAGCGUGACGGUGCCGUAUCGAGGUCCAGUUGCUGCAACAUGUAAAGAGAUCUUGGGCGGUGUGCGCUCCACAUGCACCUACGUUGGAGCGAGCAAGCUGAAGGAAAUUAGCAAGCGCACCACAUUCAUCCGUGUUUCGCAGCAGCUAAACGAAGUGUUUGGUCGGGCUCCCAAUGAGCAGGAGGAGCAGGUGUCGAAGAAGCAAAAGACGGGCUAA